AUGAAGAAAGAAUCAUCAUCAAGUCCCAGCAGUGAGCCCAUCGGGCAGAACAUGAUAAAGCUGAUCAGCAAUCUCUGCUUCUCACUCUUCGUCUUCUUUGUCCUCAUCAUCACCGUGAUCGCCAUCACCUACCAACCCCCAGAUCCAUGGCUCCAGUCCGCUCCCGCCCUCACAAAGCUCUUCACCGACUCCGAGAACGCUACUUUCAAGAAUGACAAUUCUGUCCUCAAGACCGGCGAGGAUUUCAUCGCCCCGGCUGCCCCUCCGGACAGCCGGAUCACCGAGGCGGUCAUCCAGGCCGCCGAGGCCAACCUCUCCAGCUCCCCACAGCUCGACUCGAGCUGUGGGGAUCUGGAGACAGUCAACUGCUCAGACCCAAGAGCUCUGAUUGCGGUUGAGAAGUUCAAUCUUAAGCUAUUCAAGACGAUCGUGUUCUUGGGGUAUCAGACGCCGGUUAAUGGGUCGAAGAGUGACGAGUGUGAUGUGCUGUGGAGGUUUCGGAACAAGAAGGAGAAGUCUUGGAGGAAGUACAGGGAUUUCAGGAGGUUUCAGUUCGGGUUUGGAGUGAAUUGCAGUUACAAGGUGGUGCACGCCGGAGGGUGGCAUUCCGGUGUGAAUGCGCGACGUGCGGCACAGAGGAGUAGGGCUGGAAAGGGUGCAAAUGUAAGCAGGAUUGCUCCAGCGGGGCGUGAUGAGGAGAUCAAUGAUACUAUACCGAGCUUGGGGGAGAGGAAUUUUAGGAGGGGGAAGUACUUGUACUACUCGAGAGGAGGGGAUUACUGCAAGGGAAUGAAUCAGUACAUGUGGAGUUUCUUGUGUGGUUUAGGGGAGGCAAUGUACUUGAACAGGACAUUUGUGGUGGAUUUGAGUGUGUGCUUGUCGCGGAGUUAUAAUCCGAGUGGUAAGGAUGAGGAGGGGAAGGAUUUUCGGUAUUAUUUUGAUUUCGAGCAUUUGAAGGAGGUUGCGCCGAUUGUGGAGGAGGGUGAGUUUUUGAGGGAUUGGAAGAAGUGGGAUAGGAGUCAUAAGAGGAAGCUGCCUGUUAAGAAGGUUGUGAGCCAUAAGACUACACCAAUGCAACUCAAGAAAGAUAGGAACACGGUUUUAUGGAGGCAGUUUGAUGCGCCGGAGCCAGAGAAUUACUGGUACAGGGUGUGCGAAGGGGAAGCUGCCAAGUACGUUCAGAGGCCGUGGCAUGCUUUGUGGAAGUCAAAGAGACUGAUGAACAUUGUUUCGGAGAUCAGCGGGCGAAUGGAUUGGGAUUUUGAUGCUCUUCAUGUGGUGCGAGGGGAGAAGGCUAAGAAUACACAGCUCUGGCCUCAUCUGGAUUAUGAUACAUCCCCUGACCAGCUACUUGAGAAGGUCAAGGGUAUGGUUCAGCCUUGGAGGAAUCUGUAUAUAGCCACCAAUGAACCGUUUUAUAAUUACUUUGACAAACUGAGGUCUCAGUACAAGGUUCAUUUGCUUGAUGAUUACAAGGAGUUGUGGAGUAACACAAGCGAGUGGUACAAUGAGACUACAACUCUGAACAAUGGACAUCCAGUUGAGUUUGAUGGGUACAUGAGGGUAGAGGUGGACACUGAGGUUCUUUACAGGGCAAAGACGCGAGUCGAAACAUUCUAUAAUUUGACAAAAGAUUGCAAGGAUGGAGUCUUCACAUGCUGACCAGGUUUUUUCCAUGGUUUGAUUCACUUUUGAAAUGAUGAUAUUCAGUUCAUGUCAGGCUUAUUGUUGUGUUUUCUUCUUGCUUCAUUAUAUUUAUGGUUGGCUAUUCCAGUUGGUCACAGUAAGCCUAUAUGCUGUACUAUAUAGAUUCAAUUCAUUUUGAGUCACUUACACAUCAAUGUUAUUUCUUACAACUUACAAGCU